AGAAUUGAAGUAAUUGAAGCUUGUGACAGUGACUCUAGCACCGGGCCCAAGAUAGAACAGCUUGGAGUGGAGAUCUCUGGUGAGAGUGAUCACAGUUGUCACGUCCCUCGUUCAUGAGCAUACGACAAAAAAUAAGGAAAUAUAUAAGUAAUAUGCACGGGUAACAAGAGUCGCUCAUUGCUCUUUUUUGCAUUUUCAUUGCAAGUAUAGAAAUUAAGCUAACAAAGGCAUUCUAGGUAGUUAUAAAACAAAAUAAAUUAUUAUUUAAAGAAAGGCACUAGUGUCAUUAAACUCAUUAACCUUCUUCUAGGUAACCGCAUGUAGUUUAACGCGUGUCUAAUAGAGAAAAUAAGUAAUUUUUACCUUGUUGCCUGAAAUCUUCACCUCAAACAUUGUUUUAAAGUUAGUUUAAGGGUCAAAAUGCAAACUUUUGUAAUAGUUAAUUGUUUUACAAGUGGGCAAAGUUGUUGUUUAACCUCUCGUGCUAAUAUUGAUACCCGAGCAAGCGAGAAGUGGAAUAUUGAGCGUUGCAAGGGGUUUCCAGGGCCGAGGUUUAAACAAACUUUGCCUCCGAGUAGAACACAAAAAUUUUCACCGCAUUAAUGCGAGGAAAGUACUAAAUCAUCAUUUAAAAGUCAAUUCUACCAGCUAACAUUGAGAAACAACUAAAAAUUUGCAUCUGAAAACUUUGCCACACAUGUGAAUAAAAUGUAACUUUCUUAUUCGUUUUUGAACAAUCAAGUGGGCCUUUACCAGUUGGUGUGAUGAAAAGUUAUAAAUAUAAUUAAGCGGAAAAAAGAGUCAUUCCGGGAUUAAAACAAGGACAUCUCGUUCGAUCAAGUGAAACAAAAUUCUACUACCGUAUACUAAGCUCUAACAUAAAACAGUCCGGUUCGGAGGACCAAAAAGAGUUUAACUCAUCCAAUAGAUGUCGGCACAGUGUAACUUGAUAUAUUUGAGAAAGGCGACGCUAGGUGGCAGCUUUAUUAAUCCCUGUUUUUAUGAGUUCAGUUGCCUCUAGAGAGGCUGGCCGCGUGUAAAAUAAGUAAGUUGUGUUGUUUGCGCGUAGAGCCGAGAGGCUAAAGUAGUAAGCGAGAAUACUCGGCCGGCGAACGGCGUGCGAGUUGGUCCCCUCGUCGACCGUGUAAACGGAAACUAUUACGAAAAUCGCAAUGCGCGAAUUAACUUCGAGACGGUGAAUAAGUCAAACAUACCACGACGUAUCAACGAACUAUCCACGAUGGUUGAUAAAAUGAAGUGUGAAAGUGUUGUAUUUUUGUGCAUUUUGUACAGUGUCUCCAGCUUUAAUCUGGAACCCAGGAUUCCUGUGAUAAAGUUUGGUGAAAAGGGCUCGUACUUUGGAUUUUCUGUCGCAGAACAUCUGACUUUGAAUGAAGCAGGCGGAAGUACAAGCUGGUUACUGGUUGGCGCUCCAUUAGGACAGAAUCUCCAGCCGAACACCAGCAGGUCCGGAGCCCUCUGGAAAUGUCCUCUCACAGCGGGGACCAGCGACUGCGAACAAGUCCCUACAGAUGGAAAACGAACGGCUCACGCCAAAGUAAACAAGAACGUGGACUCAGCACACUUGUUGCCGCCGCUGUCGGAGGAGAUCAAGAACGGGCAGUGGCUCGGCGUCUCCGUAGCGAGUCAGGGGCCCGGCAUGAAGGCAGUCGUCUGUGCGCAUAGGUAUAUUCGAAAGUCCGGCGAGUCGCAGUUCGGACAGGGGCUGUGCUACACGCUGACUAACAAUCUCGAGGUUGCUGAUAUGUGGGAGCCGUGCUUAGGGAAGCCAACCGCCAGGGAACACGAAGAAUACGGUCUCUGCCAAGUGGGAGUGAGCAGCUCCCUCCUGAAGGACGACACGCUGCUACUGGGCAGCCCCGGGCCCUACGCGUGGCGAGGAACCAUUUUCACUCUGGAUGUGAACGAUGAUCUGUUCAAACGCGACAGCUUCUCGUAUAUGGCACCGGUUGUUGACGGGAAGAGUCCGGUUGAGAAAUACAGUUAUCUAGGCAUGUCAGUAGCGGGGGCAAGUUUCUUCGGCAACACCUCGUCGUAUGCGGCAGGCGCGCCCCGAUCCCGCGGCACCGGCCAGGUGGUCAUCUUUAGCAAGCGUAUUAUCCAGGAUUGGGGGUCGUCGGACAUAGACAUCCUAGAAAGAAACCUCAUACUUGAUGGAGAACAGUUCGGGUCCAACUUCGGAUAUGAGGUGUCGUCGGCCGAUGUUAACGGAGAUGGAUUACCUGAUCUCCUUAUUGGCGCUCCAUUCUACUUCUCAAAAGGUACCGGUGGUGCUGUUUAUUUAUACAUCAACGAUAAAUAUCAUUUUUCCCAAAAAUAUAACCUAAGACUUACGGGUAAACAAGAAUCUCAAUUUGGCAUAGCGAUAGCAAAUGCUGGAGAUUUGAAUAAGGAUGGUUGCGAAGACGUGGCCAUUGGAAGUCCAUACGAAGGCAACGGAGUGGUAUACAUUCACCUUGGUGACAGAAAGAAAGGAUUGCAUACUAAGCCAGAUCAAAAGAUUACUGCAGAGUCGUUGCCUAGUGUAAUGAAGACAUUUGGUUACUCGCUGUCUGGUGGUGUGGAUUUAGAUGCGAAUGGGUAUCCAGACUUACUUGUUGGAGCUUAUGAAGAAAGUGGAGUAGCCCUUCUCCGAACAAGGCCAAUCAUCGACAUUAAAACCUCCAUAAAACCAUCGAAAACUAUCAUCAACAUCGAUCCAACAAUACAAGCUUGUGAAAUGAAUGGAGUAAACUAUACCUGUUUUAAAUUCCAAGCGUGCUGCAUUAUUAAGUCUCUAGUCAACACACUUCAAAAUUUACUGCAUAAUGUUAAUUAUGUCAUAGAGGCUGAAACUUUUCCUGGUGGAAAGAAAUUCUCUAGGGUGUUCUUCGAUUCAGAUAAAAGUAAUGUUAUCGAUAAGACAAUACAAUUGGAGAAGGAUACUGAGGUUUGCAGAGAACAUUGGGUGUAUCUGAAAAAUAAUACAAGGGACAUUCAAACACCUAUCAAAUUUCAAGUCACGUACAAAAUAGUUCACGAAGUCCCAAAAUACUCGACGACACGUGUGUUGCCCAACAUCGACGACUAUCCAGUGCUGAAUGCGACAGCCACAUCUACAUUCACCGCAAACUUCUUGAACGACUGUGGAUCGGAUGGAGUGUGCAUCAGCGACCUUGUUGUGGACCCAGUGUUGCAACUCCCGAAGGCUGAUGAUGGAAAAUCAUACACAUUAACAUUGGGUCAGGAAGAUGAAAUUAAACUGUCUAUUACUGUCGAUAACUACGGAGAGUCUGCUUACGAAAGUCACUUGUUUGUGCAGCAUCACUCAAGUCUACAUUAUAUCGCUGCCAAUAUUAGCGAUAAACACAUUAUCUGCACCAGCGUUAACAAGACAGUGGUAUCCUGCAUGCUGGAGAACCCUUUCAAGAACCAGGGCAAUGCCGCCACUCCCAUAACCAUGCGAUUCGAUGCUAGGGCCCUGGAGGACAACGAACCGUCGGUGGUGUUCGCUGUGUGGACGAACUCUACAUCAAAGGAACUGUAUCCUAAUAAGAAACCGGCAGUGGUCGAGGCGUUGGUUGUGAAGAAUGCUGAAUUGUUAAUAAAAGGUGCUGCAAGACCCGAACAAGUUUUCUACGGAGGAGAAGUUAAAGGUGAAUCCGCUAUGAAGCACUUCGAUGACAUUGGCACACGAGUGGUCCACACGUAUCAGGUUUACAAUGAAGGCCCGUGGCGCGUAUCCUCGCUGCAAGUCGUGAUCUCCUGGCCGCACCAAGUGGCUUCUGAGAAUACUCAGGGCAAAUGGCUUUUGUACCCGGAAGAUGUGCCUACUGUCGACGGAGAAGCCGAUCAAAGUAACGGAGAAUGCUUCAUUGCGGAAACGGAAGUUAAUCCCCUAAAAUUAAGUAAGAGACCUGGAACUCCAGAACCAAUUUUAGAGAAUUUGGAAGAAGACCCGUUUCGAACAAGCGGAAAACUGAGCGUCAGUUCCAGUGAGAAGCACAAUGAAUCUAGUUACAAGAACGUCAUUCAGUACUCGAGCGCUUCAGAGAACAAAGUUAGAAGAAAGCGAGAGGAUAAUAUAAUUAAAGCUGAACCAUAUACGGACAAAGAUGGACAUCGGAAAAAUGUAGUGAACAUGAACUGUCUGAAGAAGACUGCAAAGUGCAUCCAGUUCCAGUGCGUAAUAUACCGUCUCGGGCGCGCUCAGGCGACCACCAUCACCAUCAAGGCGCGCCUGUGGAACGCUACGCUAGUCGAGGACUACCCGCGCGUCAGUCACGUCAACAUCGCCUCAAAUGCUUACAUUCUCAUUCCGGCUCAUUACAAUAUUCAUCAGAAUAAGGAGGACGAUGAUAUGACGAUGGUGGAAACCGUGGCGUAUCCAGACUUAAAGAUCAGUGAACCGACAGAGGUGCCAUUGUGGGUGAUAAUAGUGUCAGUAAUAGUAGGACUAAUAGUGUUAAUUUUGCUCAUAAUCGCAUUGUGGAAGCUUGGCUUCUUCAAGAGGAGCAGACCCGACCCAACGUUGUCGGGCAACUUAGAAAAGAACAAUCACGAGUCCAGCCCGUUCAUCGGACGGGACAGGAAUAACAAACGAUAGCUGAAGUUUUACUUUUCCACAUCUAAUAGAACAGUACAUUUAAAAAAUGGGACUUGAUAAAUUGUGUAGAGCACAAGAAUCCUGUUUGGUGCGCGUGUGGCGCCGUCUAGUGAUUUAUAAUAUAAUAAUUUAUAUUUUGACUGUGAUGUCUUCUUAGAGGAAAAAUGCGUGAAUGUGAUUUUUUGAAGAGAAACAUGGUUUUAUAUUUUGUUGAUGUUUUUCACGAUCCUCGAUAUGAUAUUUUUUAUUGUUUCUAAAUGCUUAUGUUUUUGUGUGGAAUGAUGCAUUUUUCAAUGGGAGUGUUGAAAUAAUAAAUGAUUUUUGUUAGAUGCUUGUUUAUUCUAUGCAAAUGGAUACCUGUGGGUACUUUCUGUAAAUACAUACUUGCCUUACUUAGAUAAUAUUUAUAAAAAGUUAUUAAGGUAGGUAUUUACUUAAACUUAACUUCUAUGACUAGACUUUUACUAGUCACAAAACAAUUGAUAAGGCAAACAACUGUAUUAUAGUAGGAGUAUGUGAAAGUGAAACUGGUCACUUAUUUAGUAACAAUCUACUUAAAUUAACUCAUUAAUUUCCAGGAGUUGUAUUCUAAAAUGGAUAGUAUCAAAUUAUUUUUACGUUGUACGUCCCUUGCACUUGCGUUGGAGACCAUUUACAUCAAAUUAAGCGAGCGCGAUGCAAUGAAGCAGUGAUAUUGAUGUUAAAUUGGUAUCAUAUUUAAUGUGUCUGAAUACGGCCCCAAGAAUUUGGUUACUGUAAUAAUUGUACAUAAUUUGUUUUUUCAAUAAGUAUGUUGAAAUUAUUGUACUUAAAAUAUUUUUAGAUUUGACUAGUGAAAGUACGUUUUUGUACUAAGGGUAUGAGUUUCCUAUAUUACGUACUGUAACUAAAAAUGAUUUAAUAAUGUACUCGCGCAAGUAAGUAUAGGUAGCAAUUAAUCAACUUCAUAAUGUCGUACUUAAACAAUAAGAUGAUUUAUGAGUAAUUAUUUAUUUACAAUUUGUUAUCACUUAUCAACCUAAUACGUUACAGUAUACACACAUAAAGUACAUACAAAAAUGGGCAAAUUCUAUAUUUAUGUUUAUUUGUGCGAAUUAAAAGCAAACAUACCCUAUACGUUGUUAUCGAACAUUUCAGCAUUUUUCUCGUAGUGUACUAGUUUUAAGGAAUGGAGACUCGUACUUUACAUCUUGAUGUUAUUUGUCAGGUGACAAGUAAAACUCACUAAUUACCACCACAAGUUCAUAGCCGUAAUGAACCAUAUUACUACUAAAAUGAGGUCGAUUUUGUUCAAUUAUUUUUUUAGUAAUUAAUGAGUUUUGCUUGUAACCUGAUGUAUGUAUAAAUUAUUGGUACAUGUCGGCUUUUUUGGUGUACAUAGUUAGAUAUUUUUUACAUAAAUUGAUUAAACCCAGUCAAUGUCAGUUUAAGGGAUAGACCGUCUUUUUUGCUAUAUUUAGUUGUCGACUAUGGGUUAAUUAAGGAAUUGAGUACUUCCCUGAGAUGACGUCAACGGCAGUUUGACUACGGUAGGUCUCUAAAUUCCUACCCACAUAAAAGCUUAGAAGAUAAUUAGUGUUGAUUUAGUGUUACUCAGAUAAGUAUUUGAAUGAAACAGUAAAAAAAGGACUGAUCCAAAUUAAACUUAUUUUUAUAUAAAAUAUGUUUCACAUAAUUUUCGUUAUUAAGAUGUUGGUUGUUAAGAUGAAAGUGGACGACCGCCCUGAAACCGCCUUUUCAUACAAACGUAGUGCCCAUAUUCCUCUCUGGAUAUUAACAUUAUUUAAAAUAUUUUUACUCAAUUUGAUGUGUUUUUGUGUGUGAUGUCGAACCGUUUGAUUUUUUUUAGAUUUUUUCAAUAUUACAAGAGGAGCAUUUAAAAAUUGUAUGAAACCAGUUUUUCGUCCCUACCUUUUAUAAUAAUUAAAAAAACGAAAAUAAUCAAACGGUCGGGCAGAACUAUGACUAAAUACGUAAAAUUCUGUAAAAAUAUUUUCCAUAAUGUCAAUAAAUAUGUCAGUAAAUUGCCAGGGAAGAAAAUGAGGACUACGUUUGUAUGGAGAAUCGAUUGUGCCCUUUCCUCUUAAGGCGAAGGGUAGGGCAAGCUCUUUCCAUAGAAACUUUGUGCGCGUUUUUCUUCGUUUGUGUUUGCGCUACAGUUACUAUUUUUGGCAAAUAUGCUUAUUUUUCUGUUAGCUAGGGCUUGAUGUAGUUUUUUAAUUUUUUUUGUAUUUUUUUUUUUUAAUAAAGAAAAAUUUCUACAUCAAGUACUGCGUAUAUCCAAUAUGUACAAGCAAAAAAUUUAAUUAAAUGCUAUAGUGCCAAAACUAACGAAUAAAACUUGCACAAGGUUUGUAUGAAGAAUGCCUUGCCCUACCCUGCGCCUUAAGCUUGCCUACUUUCAUAAUGUCAUAAUUUUAUCAACGUGAAAGCGUUCAAAUUUUGCGCCCAUGUUCGCCAGUAUGUUCAUAUAUAUACAUAAGAAUAAUAAAAAUAAGCAUAAGACUUCUUUGGCGCAGGUUUUCGUCAAAUUAAGUUCUGUUAUUUUACUUAACAAACAGAUGAAAAAAAAAUUAAAUGAUAGUCACAUAAGAGGUACUUACGUAGCAAAACAGACGGUCUCACUCAUAAAUGCGUAAUUAGGUCAAUAAUAAUAAGAUAGAUUUUUAUUGUAAGUAAUAAACUCUUUAAAAUUAUUAUAAUUGUGAAUAAAUUCAAAAACAUUUUGUAUUCAAAGUUCAAGUUGUACAACGAUUUUAACAUUUCUACCUAGGUCGAAUUUUAUAAAAAUCUUGUUUGCUGUAAGCAAUGUUUCCAUGUCUUUCUAAUUAGACAGAUAGGCGCUUGCAGCAUUUUUGUUUUUACAAAACGCGUCCCUAGAUUAUUUAUUGAUAUUAUUGUAAUAUUUUCUUAAUUUAUUUACAUUUUGGUUUUGUUGAGUCAGUAAUAAUCUAAUAAUCAUACCUACUUAUUUGACCAUGGAUGCAAAUUAAUAAAAAGUGCCAUUUUCUA